AUGGGCCCCGCCGCUCGCCCUGCGCUGAGGUCGCCGCCGCCUCCUCCUCCGCCGCCGCCGCCCCCGUCGCCACUGCUGCUGCUGCUGCCCCUACUGCCGCUCUGGUUGGGCCUGGCGGGGCCGGGGGCCGCGGCGGACGGCGGCGAGGCGGCGGCCGGGGCGGGGCGGGGCGGGGCCCGCGCCGUGCGGGUGGACGUGAGGCUGCCGCGGCAGGACGCGCUGGUGCUGCAGGGGGUGAGGAUCGGCCCCGAGGCCGACCCGGCGCCCCCGCUGGGCGGCCGCUUGCUGCUGAUGGACAUCGUGGAUGCUGAGCAGGACGCACCCGUAGAAGGCUGGAUUGCGGUGGCAUACGUGGGCAAAGAGCAGGAGGCCCAGAUUCACCAGGAGAGUCAGGGAGGCGGCCCACAGGCCUAUCCCAAGGCUCUGGUUCAGCAGAUGCGGAGGGCACUCUUCCUGGGAGCCUCAGCCCUGCUGCUCCUGGUCCUGAACCACAACGUGGUCCGAGAGCUGGACAUUUCCCAGCUUCUGCUCAGGCCAGUGAUCGUCCUGCAUUAUUCCUCCAACGUCACCAAGCUGUUGGAGGCGCUGCUGCAGAGGACCCAAGCCACGGCUGAGAUCAGCAGCGGGGAGUCCCUGUCGGCCAACAUCGAGUGGAAGCUGACCCUGUGGACCACCUGUGGCCUCUCUAAGGAUGGCUACGGAGGAUGGCAGGACUUGGUGUGCCUGGGAGGCAGUCGGGCCCAGGAGCAGAAGCCGCUGCAGCAGCUGUGGAACGCCAUCCUGCUGGUGGCCAUGCUCCUGUGCACAGGCCUCGUGGUGCAGGCUCAGCGGCAGGCAUCCCGGCAGAGCCAGCGGGAGCCUGGAGGCCAGGUGGAGCUGCUCAAGCGCCGGGUGGUGCAGAGGCUGGCAUCCCUCAAGACCCGGAGGUGCCGGCUGGGCCCGGCAGCGCAGAGCCCCCUGGAGCCUGGUGCUGAGACCUGCGCUGUGUGUCUGGACUAUUUCUGCAACAAGCAGUGGCUCCGGGUGCUGCCCUGUAAGCAUGAGUUCCAUCGAGACUGCGUGGACCCCUGGCUCAUGCUCCAGCAGACCUGCCCGCUGUGCAAAUUCAAUGUCCUGGGUGAGCAACGAGGGGAGGGGCUCUUGGCCGGCUCCACCUGGUUCCCACCUGACGCCUCCCUCCCUGCUGUUUCUCCUCCUCUCCUGCAGGGAACCGCUACUCUGA